AACGGUGUGCGUUAGUGGACAAUUUAUUUGUUGGACAACCAAAGCGUUACGCGGAGACGUGACCCUCCUCCAUCUAGUAUAGGUUGAAUUUAUCAGUAUAACUUUUGAAAAACGAUCUGAAUGACAUUAAAAUGUCAACGUCAUCUCCAUUCAAUGUGAAAUUAAUAGCUAUUUAAUCCGGAGUUGUACAAAUUUAAACGAUUAGAUCACUCAGUAAAAGUUUUGGUCGGCCAUGUCCGGCGCUUCAGAACAAGGGAAAUCUUUGACUCGUCGGUAAAGUUCCCGGGAUAGCACUGUCCUCAAAAUGUUUAAUUGUGUUUUGUAACGUUUUGUUAAUGCUACCAUGAGUGACGAAUAACUAGUUAGCUGGGUUGAUCUGAUAAACAAGAGGAUUCGUCUCGAGAGGUCAGAGAGCAUCUGCGGCUAAAGGCUAGCCAGAGCUUAAGCAGCAUGGGGGACAGCGGUGUUGUUGCGAGGCUCGGCAACAUGAAGGCUUUGCUCGGAAUAGUCGCCGGGGCCGGAGCUUCUUAUGGGCUGUACAAGUUGAUCAGCAGAGAAGGGAAGAGGAGAAACAAGAAGAAGGCCGCGAAUGAAACUGUGAAGAGCAGUCAGCAGGAGGAAGUGAAAGUGCAGCCCGGGAGUCUGCUGGCCAAAGUGUCCGGUCUGGACGUGGUCUGUUUCAGGCCAGGAGAAGCUGUUGCAGACGAUAUUAUCCACCAGUCCCCCAACAAUCUAGAGCCACAACACUUGAAUAUGCUGCUGUCAUGUCUGCGGACCGGCACCGAUCCAUCUGACACGUGUAGGAUUCUUCUUACGCUCGGAAACGCUGCUGCCUUCACUGUGAAUCAGAAUCUGAUUCGGGAAUUUGAUGGGAUUCAUAUCAUAUCCGCUUUCCUCUCUGAUCCUGCUACAGAGGUUAAAAUCCAGACUCUAAAUGCUUUAAAUAACCUGUGCAUGAACAUCCAGAACCAGGAACAAAUAAAGAUUUUUGUGCCGCGAGUGCUGGAACUCAUCGAAAUGUCACCGGUGAAUUCGGAGCUUCAGCUUGGUGCUCUGCGGCUGCUGACCAACCUGUCAGUCACAGACAAGCAUCAGCAUUUGCUGAAGGGAGCCGUUACUCUUUUACUAUCUCUACUGGUUGUGAGCAAUGAGACGUUGCAGGUUCAGACAUUGAAAGUGCUUGUAAAUUUAUCAUCUAAUCCGGAUAUGAUUGACGACAUCGUUCAAGCUCAGGCGCCUGCGUCUGUGAUGCUUUUGUUUGACAAAAGAACAGCGCCCGCAGUGCUUCUGCGACUCCUGACGUUUGUGGGGAACCUGAAGGCCUGGAGGCCCUCUGCUCAAGUGGCAGAAGAGCUGAGGCGCAAACAGGACGGCCUCUUCCGGGUUAUGCUGGAUGAGUCCUCCCAGCUCCACGGCAGACUUCUGCAGCUGCUUUCCCACCCCGAUGCAGAAAUUCAGGCCCAGGUAGCUCGUGUAAUGACAUAGAAGUCUGCAUUUGUCUUCGCUCACUGCAGCAAUGCGUUUGCCAAAGGCCCCAACCAAACAGCCCUCAAUGUCUAUGAAUCUAUAGACUUAAUUCUAUUAAAAGAGACAGUUUUGACUUCCUGUGGAUAGUCAACCUCUCUCAGCGCAUCCACUUCCUAAAAGUAAUGUGGAAGCAGGAAGCUGAAAAUCCUUCAGGAGCUGCUGCAUCAUCAAACGGUUCACUUCAAAGUGCCCUACCUUCUGAGAAUGUUCUCAAAAAUUAGUUUCAGGUGAAUUUUCCAAAUAAACGCCACUGCCGAAUGUUUCUAUAUGACGCUUCGUUAAGGUUUCCAGCCUCUAUUUUCUUCCCUCUCUGCCAAUUAAAGACACUUUGCUGCAGGUUUUAGAUUUUUUGGGCCUGAAUUACUGCAGAAUUAAAGCAUCAGCGUGCUUCAUUUGAAUGGAGCUUUAUUUUUUCCUAAAUGAUUGUAGCUGGGGAAGUUCCAGACAGGCCACUCCUCCAGCGAUGGGUUCAGUGACUCAGGAAGACUGAAGUUUAGUCAUUGCCUUAACAGUAUCGUUAAGAAGAGCGGAGUUCUACGGGUGAGUGCAUCACCGAAGGGAACUUUACUCUGACUCGAAAGGGUCUAUUCAGGAUGUGCUGGUGUUUGAAUUCUUCAGCUGCUUGAUUGAAUCCUGCGAAGCCCCCAGGGGUGGAGCGGGAGGGAAGUUGCAGAGGAAGAGGAUGUCUGCACUGUUAUGCAACUGUCAAAUACCAAGCUGGGGGUACAGCUUGAAAAUGAAUGUGGGACUCAUCAAAAUACACAUUUUUGAGUGUUUAUCAAUAAAGUGGUUCCAAAUCUGUAACAUUGAUAAAUGAGAGAUGUUUUGGUUUUAAGCUAUGCACUAAAGCAGCGAGUCAGUGAGCCACUUUAGAUGUAGCUGGUGGACUGAAGCUGCCUGCCCAUAAGAUGACUGACAGUAUUUAGUGUGAGGGUUGAAGAGGAGUUCAACUUUUCCAUUCAAUCUGUAUUCCAGAUGCAUAGAAAUGUAUAGUUUUUGAGGUAUGUACCAAAAUCUGCAGCUAUUUCCCCUAGAAAGUGCAUUUUAAUACAAGAAUAGUUUUACUUUAAAUGAAAAAAAAGUAGCUCCAACAUCAAAUUGUGUCAGUUUAAUGCCUGGAUGUUCCUGUAAGGAUUUAGGAUGUUAAUAAAUAUAUUUAUCUAUUUAUUUGGGUUUUAUCAUUAACACUCUCAUUUGACUUAAAUAUUUGUUAAUCCUGCUGCUGCAAAGGAAACCUAAUUUAUUACUAUUAUGGGGUCCUUUGUAUGGUUUUCGCUAAAUAUGUUUCUGUGUCUAAAUAACAUUUUUUUUGGGUAAUAUUGCAGAUUUUUCUGACUAAACAAAAUUAAAAGUGAGAAGUUGUUUUUUCCCUCUAAAACACACAAAACUGCAGUUGUUUUUACUAUAACAUUAACUAACUUCCUACCUGAAGCAUGUUGAGUCUGAAACAUGGCUGCUGUUUUAAAUAUUUGUCUACAGAAAGUUUCUUUUUUUAAAGAUCCGAUUGUGAAUAUUACACCCUGAUCUCAGAAUUAAUGGCGGCAAGUUUUAUUCGAUCACAUGACUAAAUAUCUCUCAGGUGGUUGUCGUCCUGCAAUUUACUCAGAAAGAUGCUGUUUUUCUUGUGACUUUGUUAAAUAUAUUUAUUCCAAAAAGAUAGUUAAGCAUUUUUUUUUCUCUGUAUAUGUACAUUUUUGUCAGUUUUAACUAUUUAAUAAAAUUCUAUAAGAACA